CCCUUGGGCAUCUAGGCUGCUGGAAAUAAACAAGAAGAAGAAGAAGCGGAGGCGGAAGAAGCAGUGAUCAGCUGGACACGGAGCGUAUCGGAGCACUUCUCCCUUUAUCUCUCUGACUGAACCACGGACUGUCGGAGUGUCGUCCUCCUGCUUCACCCGACUCACUGCACCGUGCGCCGCCGGAGGAGCGACGUCAACACACGGCCCUGCGGUGGAGGGGCAGGAGGGAAGCCAGCAGACAGAGAGGCAGCGCAGAGGAGCAACACUCACAAUGCCUCUGUUCUUCAAGAAGAGGAAGCCCAGCGAUGAAUCCCAGAAGAGACUGGAGUAUCAGCUGUGCCGGUCUAAGGAGGCGGGUGCUGAUGACAUUCUGGACAUCUCAGCGUGUGAGCUCUCAGAGGUUCCCUCAGGCGCCUUUUCCAUUUGCAAGGUGCUUCAGAAGAAGGUCUUUAUCCUCCAUAACAAUGAGCUGAGGUCACUGCAGACCAAAGGAUGUGACAUCAGUGCUCUGGCCACUUUAAAGGUUUUGGAUCUGCAUGAGAAUAAGCUCACCUCACUCCCAGAGGACAUCGGGAAGCUGUCGUCACUGCAGAUUCUGAAUGUAGAGAAGAACCGUCUGAAGGCCCUGCCAGACUCCAUCGCCGACCUGCGGCUUCUGCAGACACUCAAUUUGAAGGGUAACUCUCUCAGUGAACUGCCAUCAUCAGUUGGGUCUUUGAGGAGCCUGCGCACCCUUGACCUGAGUGAUAACAACAUCGUCCAGCUCCCAAAAGCUCUGGCCUAUAUCCGCACUCUAGAGAGCUUUACACUUGAUGCUGCCAUGAUGUCCUUCCCACCUGCAUCUGUGUGUACAGAGGGCACAGAGAGCAUCCAGCGUUUCCUAUGCACUGAGGUGGGAGAGGAGUACUGCCCCCCAUCCCAAUAUCUUCUGCCAGUGCUGGAGAAAGACUGUGGCAAACAGAGCUGUGACCAAUGGGAUGGUCUGGAGGAGGCCUGGCAGAACAAAUUCAGUGACUACGAGAACAGGAAGUGUCCAAGCUCUUAUUCAGGGGCCGAUGAGAGAAGAUCCACACUAGUUCCUAAAGAUGAACUAAUGAAGCAGAAGCAGCAGGAGAAACUGGCCUUUGAGCGACACCUGGAGGAGAGGCAGAAGGAACACACCCAGCUUGUGCUCAUGAAUACUUCCCGCAAGGAAAACAUCCUCAACUCAGUCCGACAGGAGCAGGAGCGUGUGGAGCAGGGAGUCAGCCAACAGCAGAGGGCUCAGGAGGCCGAGAGGCUGCUGGUGCUGGAGAAAGUCAGACAAGCUGAAGACGGCAUCAGCUGCCGAAUCAGCAACAUGCUGAUGGACAACCACCGGCAGAAGAAGAGCACGGAGUUUCUUCAAGCCAUGGAGGAAGAUCGAGUCCGUUUGGAGCAUCUGACCGCCAUCACCCAGGAGGAGGCCACUUCUCUGAGGAAGAGGGAGGUGGCAGCGGCCAUGCAAAAGAUGCUGUCAUACGGCUGUGCUAUGAGCCUCCUCCAGGAAGCCAGUGACUAUCGCAGACAGAGCCUCGUCACUGAGGCCCACAGGAGUAUGGAGAGUUUGGACAAGAAGUUUGAUAAGAUGCUGUCCCUCCAAGCUUUGGACAAAUCUAAAGCCAUUGCCCACAUCUUGCAGGAGGAGGAGAUGCAGAAAGCUGCGUUCCAGGCUCUGCAGCUGCAGAAAGAUGCUGUACAUGGCUACAUCCGCAACCAGAUCAAGCUCAUCGAGGGUGAAUUAAUGCAGCUGACUAAACUGGAGAUUAAAAGACGCAACCUGGAUGCUGAGAACCUGCAGGAGGUUCUGGUGGAGCAGCGCACAGCUCUCAGUGAUUUGUUGCAGCAGCUGCUGAAGCAGAGGGCCCAGAGAGAGCAGGAGCUGCGGCAGGUUCUGGCGGAGAUGGAGCAGAAGUGUGAGUCCAACCAGCAGAACUACUGGAUGAUCCAGUAUCAGAGGCUGCUGGAUGCCAAGCCCAUGUCACUGCGUAUGCAGGAGGCGGGCGUUGAGAAAGAGCUGGUCAACCUGUUGUGUAAACUGUCAGCUCAGCAUUACCUGCCCAUCCUGGCUCAUCAUCGAGUGACGACGGAGGCCCUUCGCCACAUGAGCGCCUCCGACCUCAAGAAGCUUGGCAUUAAUGAGGUAGGAAUCCAGAAAGCUCUUCUGAACUGGGCCCAGGAACACCAACCUGAAGCAGGAGCUUGUAAGGCUGUCCCGCAGGAUGAGGUAGCAGAAGUCGUCCCCACAGCUCCGUCUCCUCCGUCUCCUCCCAAUACAUCGGCUUCCCAGAUCCCAAGCCCACCACUUACCCCAGGGACCCCUGUCACUCCUGCAGCCCUCAGCCCUGUGGAUGGACCAGGGAGCUCCGAGUGUGUGGUCUGCAUGGAGACAGAGUCUCAGGUGGUCUUCCUGCCAUGUGGUCAUGUGUGCUGCUGUCAGGUGUGCAGUGGCGCUCUGCAGAGCUGCCCGUUGUGUCGCAGCAUCAUAUCCCAGCAUGUACGCCUGUACCGCAGCUAGAAGCAGCCGUGCAACUGUCCGUCGUCGACCGACACACACUUUGUAUCUGCAUGGUCACGAAGCAGCUGUAAGCAAACAUCGUCAUGUGUAGAAAAGCUUUUAGCUGGAUUCUGAAGAGCCGAGCUACUUUCCUGUAUUAACCCAAAACUACUUUGUCAUGUAUAUUGAGAAACACGUUUUAAUAGACAUUUUUUAAUGGUGUUAUGUCACUGGCAUCCACGUUGUUUUUUAUUUUCAUAAUUUUUUAUCUCAAUUGAUGUGCCUUUUUCUGAAAUGUUAUCAUUUUCAAACAGCACCACUUGUCUCUGUUGUCAACCAAAGUAACAUUUGUCCAACAUGUAUGUAUUGUUCUAAGUUAAUUUACUGAUUGUUCAUCCAGGUCCAUCUGUACUUGAUGGAAUCAUUUAUCUUAUAUUAUUUGGUGGAAGUUGUCAAAGCGUAUCAAGUGGAGUGAAGCGGGAAUUCAUUUUGUAAGAUGUUUCUCCUCUUUUUGAUCUAUUCUUGGCAUCCACCCCACUAUGGAUUGAUCAACCUGCCUGAGCUGCUUGGGUCCUACACACACCAACACUUAGUUUCAAUCUCAAUAUUUUAAGUCUAAUACAAUGUUAUACUGUAUGACUGUUUGGUCAUGUGAAACGCAAAGAAAUGUAUAAAUAUGCAAUACGUACGUACGUACGUAGGACUGUCUGAUGAAAUCAUGAAGAUCCCAGGGGAUUGGUUCGUCAUUUUCGAACGAUCAAGGGAGUGCGCACAGCAGCAGGUUUCAGAAAAACACGAGGAUGAGACGACACCACGUCAUUAAACAAUGACUGACAAUAGCGGAGUGAAUUAGUAUGAACAGCAGCUGACAUUGUUUUAAGAUUUGGGGAAAGGGAGUGUGUUGUGAGUGGAAGUUCAGAGAAGUUGCUGAAAAAUAUACAUGCACUACUUUGAAAAUGUGGAUGCGCAAAUGUAUAACUGGGGCUGAAAGCUGAGAAAGGUAAAUGAUGAGCUGCCAAAGCUGGAAGUGGAGAUAAAAUGCCUUAAAAUUGUAAAAGAAAGGAAUUCAGCUGGAGCCCACCGACAUACCUGCUGAAUGUCUCCUGGCUGCACUAGAACAGGAUUUCCAGUGAAAACUUCAUGUGUGUUGUUUGUCGUAUGGAAACGGUGUGUGACAUCAGUUUGUGUACGUACACAGCACAGACAGCAGAGACCCUUUCAAUGUCCCAUCAGCUGUGUAUAGUCAUUUCCAGUUAAAGUUGCCAUGGCAACGGCAGCAGCUUUUCGCACCCUGGCUGAGAGACUUCUAAGUGAUUUAAUUUUCAACUUGCUGACGAAGGAUCGGAAUCAGCCCAUGUUACAGUCUGCCUGGUGUGUGUCUGGUACCUUCCUCUUCCGAACCUGAAACUUAUAUUUUGAAGUUUUGACAUUCGACAGGGCAUCCAUGUGGGCUUGCAUUACAGUCUGGCGUUAAGCCCUAGAAGACUAUAGAGGUUGUUUUGCAGUGCGUUUGUGUUGGUUCUUGGAUAUCUGUCAUUGGUCUAUGUGUAUCUGCACGGCUGGAGAAAAUGAAAGUGGAUGCUGUAAAAGUCAGUUCACUGGGAGCAGUGGCAGCUCUGUGGAACAACUACACUGCUCUGGCCACAGCAAAGUGACAAUGAACAUGUGACAUAUAUGAUGUAACAGUAGACUUCAUUUUAGUUUAUUCUGCUGGGUCACUAAUUUCAACAAUGUCAAAAUCUCCAGUACAUUUAUUCAUCUGUCCUGUUUCUGUCCUCUGCAAGUUUCAACGAAAGCAUUUAUGUAUCGCAAGUAUAUUAAACAAAAUAAAGUUCAAAUGCUGAA